AUGAUGUCUUCCUCCUCAGAAUUCUAUAACAUUAUCUCCAUUUACCGUGUUGAAGUGAAUCCCCCUGCUUGUGGCGCGAUCAACCUGUGUCGAAGCUCAGAGAAGCAUGGAAGCCUAACAACCCAGCUCGUCGCUUCUACAAUUGCGCAAAAUCAAUGUUGCAGCUUCUUCCAGUGGCUUGAACCAACAUUACCUAAACACUACAAGGAUACAAUAUGGAACAUGAAACUUAGGAUCGACGACCUUUUGGUUAGGAAUGCUCAAGUUGUUGAGCUGCAGAAAAAAGUUGAGAAGCACAAGCUUCUUAGGAAAGCUGAGAAGGACUUGUUGAGGUUAGGAUCCAAGAACUACUCAUUGAGAUUCAAAGUCUGA